CUUUUUCUCUUUCUCGAGUCAACUCUCCUUCGUCUUGAUCUUUAUCUUCAUUCAUUACGCAGAUCGUACACCUAAGUAUCUCACGCACAGCUCUCCUAAAUUACUAUAUUAUUAUCUGUAUCCUGUUCACAUCACCAUUGGCAGGUACUUUACAAUCCAUUUCCUCAACAAAUAGGGCCAAAGACGCAGAAACCUGCUCCCUAGUCUGAGGAUAGGUCUGAUGUCGACCGUCUACAUUAUUAUCCACCCAAAUCCUCAUUCAGAUAGCGACGCAGAGCUGCCGCGUUUUACUUCACCAGAACAAGAAGCAGUAGACACCGUCGUACAUAUCAUGACGAGAAACGCCACACCAAAGCCCGAAACUGGAACUGCUUUCCCUUCCAAAUUGUCCAGAAGUUUAACCGCAGCAGCGGUGCUAGUAACAGCGCCUGUGCCAUCUAUCCCAGGCGCCAUCGACGGCAUUCAAGAGACCCCUGAUAUCCCAGUCGUGAGACACAAGGAAGAGGCCAGGACUGUGGGACUGACGCCGCCGGGUACCAAACCAUCAGAAGCACCUACAGCUAAGGUAUCUAAGCAGGUAGUUGAGUCUUCAGAAAUCGAAACAUCCCCAGUCGUGGCAGAUAUUGAAGAGAGCUCCCAUCCAAAUGAGCCUCUUGGGGGAUCUUAUUCGCAGAAAAAGUCCGCAGCACUGCCUAUUACUGAAGACAUACACACCAGAACCACGCUCCUUUCAGCGAUCGUUCCAUCAUCCGCCGCAAAACCAUACCAGACUGGUAUUCAAGUCCCUUCGCAGAGUCGAGUAGCCGACGGCUUCCCUUACCCGCCUGGGCUUGCUGCUUAUGAGAUACUCGAGGAAGACUGGAAUAAAUUUACAGCUCAUCUGGCCUCGCUUAUUAGCCCCCAGCGUAAUAAGAAGAAGAAGAAGACUCCAAUUCGCCUGGUACUUACGUUUGGUGGGCGUGGCGCGAAAUCCGAGAAACUCGACUUCCAAAAAUCGCAUUCUAAGGUUUUCGAAUAUGUUCGAGCAUCCCAGAACAAUCUGUUUCGCCCUAAGGGUCUCCUUGUGAGGGUCGAUAUACCAGAGGAAGGCGUCGGCAUGGAGUUCAUGGAUCUAUACCACGGAGGACAUGUCGACCACUUAUCCGACACAUGGGGACUCGAAGCUAGAGUGGCAAAUGCUGGGCCCGUAGCUGAUGGUGAGGGAAUCGAUGCUACUGCUGAGGAAGUUGCAGCACAUUCCAAAGUAUCUAGGACAGCACUACAGCCUAACAAGGCCCAAACCAAGGCCAACAAGGCCCAAGACACGACGCUUGAAAAGGCAAGAAAGCAACAACUAAAGGCUUUGGGCCACCUAAAUAGCGCACGGAAGAAGAUGUCACAACGUAUCCGAAUAGUUAUUGAGCCUGUCACGGUCCUGGGCAAUGUAGAAAGGUCUGAGAAAAACGGGUGGAUAGCUUGGAUUCGCCAUUGCGACAACUAUGGCUCGCAGUUGACCAACUGAUGCUAGCCAGGGCUAUCGUCUGGAGAGAAGGCAAUCUGGCAUGGGAAGGAUUCAGAGUCACCAUUACCUGAAAAGGAAGGCUGAGGAUACCGAAAGCAAAUGGUGUCGAGAUAUCUCGAUACUUGAUGGACCUUGGUUCGUUGUUUGGAACUGUCUAAAGAGAAUUGCUCAAGGGGUGAAGCUGGUACAAGAGCUUGAGAUGGCCGGAUUGGUAGCUCAUAGAAAACGAGUACAAGCUUGUUCUGAUGGUGUGUCGACCUAGAAGCCACAGAUAGCGCUCUUGUUUGUCUGGUGCUUUAGUCCGGCAUGUAGUCUAAAGUUAUCAUUUGAACAUUUGUCAACUCAUCAGUGAUGAAAUUCGUUUAUAAUUGUAGCUACAUCACGUUUGAAUUUGGUGCAAGCGACUAAAUCGGAG